GGUAAUCUGCCACCCAAUGAUUAUUUCAAAAUGAUCAACGGGACACCCUUGUUUGGUCUUGGUGUAAACCCUGAAUGAAAGUUCUUAAUUUGGGAAAGUAGCUUCAUAAAACCCAGCAAUAUAUUUUUGGAUUUCACUAUCGUUUUUACGUAAUCAAGUGUUCGCCCAAGAACAAUGGGAGAAGUGUCAGCAGACAGCAUCACAGUAGAGAGGCUCAGAGAGGCCUGUGGGACUGUCAGGCGCAGCCCGCUGGAUGUGAUCAACACACCAAUGAUCCCAUGGUGCCAAACCACACUGCCGCUCGAAACAUCCGGCAACAUUCACAUCAAACUGGAGAACAUGCAGAGGACGGGUUCUUUUAAGAUAAGAGGUGUUGCAAACCAGUUUGCCAGGAGACUCAAAGGGGACAAUUUUGUGACCAUGUCUGCUGGGAAUUAUGGGAAGUCAUUUGCGUAUGCAUGUAAGCAUUAUGGAUCCAAAGGCAAAGUGGUGAUGCCAGAAACCGCUCCCAUCUCCAGAUCUCUGCUGAUACAAAGUUUGGGAGUUGAGGUCGAACGAGCGCCAACUACUCGUCUCAUGGAUGUUGUUAAUCGGUGUGUUCAAGAGGACAGCAUGACCUUCCUACAUUCAUUUGAUGAUCCGGAUCUUAUCGCUGGAAAUGCCAGCUUAGGUUUUGAGAUCCUGGAGGUUGUGCCCUGUCCAGAUGUGGUGGUGGUUUGCUGUGGUGGAGGAGGGUUACUUGCUGGUGUGGCAACUGCUAUCAAACUGUCUGGCUGUGAGAACACAAAGAUCUAUGGAGUGGAACCAGAAGGAGCGUGUACAAUGUACAAGAGCUUCAUUGAGAAGAAGCCUGUUGGUAUGGAUGCGAAAAGCAUCGCUUCGGGGCUAGCGCCACCAUUUGCAGGUACCUUGCCGUAUAUGCUUUGUCAGAAGUACGUGGAGAACAUUGUGCUGGUGACCGACGAGGAGAUCAAAUCUGCCGUUUCCACGCUUUAUAAUGCUGGUCUUGUUGUUGAACCUUCAGGCACUGCAGCGUUUGCUGCCAUCAUGAAUGACAAAAUACCAGAUAUCAAUGACAGGAAUGUGGUGGUCAUUCUCAGCGGAGGAAACAUUGGCAAAGACGAGCUUUGUAACUUCCCGGACUAAGCUCACUCAAAAAUUCUGUCAUCGUUUACUCACCAUCAUGUCAUUAAUGUCCAAACCGUAUCCCGCUCCACAAAUGUAGUAAAUUUUGUACAAAAUUUCUCUUUUUGUGUCCUCAAUCAUAGGGUUAGAAAGACAUGAGGGUAAGAUAAUGACAUUUUCAUUUUUAGGUAACUACUGUAUUGUUGUUGAUAGUUUUUUGGUAACUCAAUGAAUUUUCACCUAGCCACAAUCGCUUGUUUUUAUGAAUAAAUACGUGAAUUAACAUUUAAGUGCAAACAUUAAAUUCAAUAUUCAGUAUCCAAUAAAUAAUGUACCUGUUAGAUAUGAAAAAACUGUGAAUAAAUAAACUCCAAUGGUCAUCAUGCAAAAUCUAUUCUUUUCAAAGCAAUAGCAUAAAAUAUGAGAUUUUAAAUCACAUCCCUUCUGCUUUACCUGUGCUAAGUUUCUUUUCAAUGUUUAAUUUUUAGUUUCUUUUCAGUGUGGUUAGCUAACUUGGCUAAUAUGCAGAUAGUGUUGUUUAAUCUUUUUUUAACAUUCGUACCAUUAUUAAUAUUGACUACAUUAUAAUUUACAUACAGGAGGUAUGCAAUAAGAAUACUAUAAGUUGAGGUCCUGCCAGGGCUGCUACUUUUGCUCCGGGACAAGUGCCUUUUAACUUCCGGGGAGGUCACACCUCUUGAAUUUGGCUUGACCAAUGAGAAAGGUGUAAUUUUCAAGUGGGAAAGGUUUGUUUGUUUGGAAGCAUUUGCAAGUUUGUGUCCCUUUAUGCUCUGAUUAAUAUAAGUAACAUUCAAUGUAGGGCUGCACAAUUAUUAAUCGCGAUUAAUCGUGUGCAAAAUAAAAGUCUGUGUUUACGUAA